GUCACGCCCGCUCGAACCCUGUGGUCCAACACAGCCAGAGAGGCCAAAAUGGAAGCUAACCUCGUGGUGUGGCCCUUAUAUUUGUCUCUGUACCUGACCUUUACCUCGAGGCCGAACGAUUCAGAAUGUACCCGGGAUCAAAUUGUGGCUAAACUGAGCGAGGUGGCCGACUCUGAGGACAAGUAUAGGGGCGACGCGUUUGUAAUGAUGUUUAUCGGUUACGGAUAUGACGAGAAGAUCAUCGGGUGGUCAGCGCAGCCGCAGCGGCCGCCGGCUCCGGACGAUUUGCUGCCCAUCAGAGAUAUUGUGGACAUGUUUUCUGAGCAUAAUUGCCGGGCUUUGCGGCAAAAGACCAAAAUGUUUGUAUUCAACUGUUGCCGCGAAAAAUUGGUUGAGACGACAACGUUUGCGCCGGCGAUCAGUACCAGUGUAUCUCCCGGUGCUAUUCGUGUCGACACACGUGACCGUCGGUUGAUGUGUGUUGACUGUGAGCCCACACUCAUCGACACAAUCACCACUUUGGACACCAAAUGGAAGACAUGGAACAGAUCGACGAACGUUAUAUACGCGUGCGCUGAAGAGUUACAGACCUGGUAUAAUUGUGUUGACGGUCCUAUCGGUCACGUGAGUGUAUUCGGUCAGGCGCUCAGUCAUACUAUAGCCCAGUACUCGUGGUAUAAAACUCUAUACCAACUCUUUCUUAUGACCGUUAAGCGAAUGGACGAGGAGUUUAAGUAUGUCUGUUAUUACGGUUUGAGAGAUGACAGGCCAACAAUCAAUAUGUUUACCACGAAUAAAAAGAAAUUCCCGAACGAUUUGGCCAAAAAAUGUCGCAUUUUCAGCGAGUUCACUUUGGUUCGCAACAACACCGAAGUGUUGGCCAAAGCGUUGGAUAAGUCGGGUCAGGCGGCGGCCGCCAAACAAUUGCGUCAAUUCAACCAAUCGGACACACUGUGGCCAAACAAGUAUGACAUUUACCUCGAUGUCACGCCCGCCCUAUCCCUUCGCACCAACACAUCACAGGCUCUCAAAAUGGACGCUAAACCCCGUGGAGUGGCCCUCGUAUUUGUCAUCGAACCUGACCUUUACCUCGAGGCCGAACGGUUCAGCGAGGUGGCCAAACUUGACAAGUAUAAGGGCGACGCGUUUGUAAUGAUGUUCAUCGGUCACGGAUAUAACGAGCGGAUCAUCGGGUGGUCAGCGCAGCCGCAGUGGCCGCCGGCGCCGGACGAUGUGCUGCCCAUUAAAGAUAUAGUGGCCAUGUUUUGCGAGUUAAAGUGCCGGGCGUUGCGAGAAAAGACCAAAGUGUUUAUAUUCAACUGUUGCCGCGAAAGGUUUGUCGACACAACCGCAACUCCCAGUGGUGUCCGUUGCCAUAAAUGUAAGCGUGAACUGACACUGACAUGUGCUAAGUGUGAGCCCACGGGCACCGACACAAUGGCCAGUUUGGACCCUAAAUGGAAAGCCAUGAAUAAACAAACGCACGUUAUUUACGCGUGCGCUCAGGGAUCUUUGGCGUGGUAUCGCAAAGUUGUCGGCCCCAUCGGUCACGUGAGUCUAUUCGGUCAGGCGUUCAGUCAUACAAUCGCUCAGUACUCGGGGUAUAAAAGCCUGUAUCAACUCUUUACUAUGUCCGGUAAGCGAUUGAAGGCAAUGGGAGACGCCGUACAAGAACCGGAAAUUAACAUGUUCGCCGUGGAUUCAGAGUUGUAUUUUAACCCUGGUCAAUACAAGGCUGAAUGA